ACACCGCACAUCAUCAGUCUUGCUUUGGUCGAUCCAAACCAACCAAAUCCACUCAAGAAUGGCAUUCAAGUUUGUCGUGUUUGCUGCCUUUGUGGCCGUCGCCAACGCCGGUGUUCUUGCACCUGCCGCCCCCUUAGCUUAUGCCGCGGGACCCGCAAUCGUCGCCGCUGCUCCCGUUGCCAAGGCAGUGGUGGCUAAGACUAUCGACGCCGACUUCGAUCCGCAUCCACAAUACAGCUACGCCUAUGACGUGCACGACAGCCUGACCGGAGAUGCCAAGAGCCAACACGAGACUCGUGACGGCGACCUCGUCCAGGGUAGCUAUUCUCUCUUGGAAGCUGAUGGCACCAGGCGCACUGUUGACUACACCGCUGACUCAGUCAACGGAUUCAACGCCGUAGUCCGCAAGGAACCCGCCGCCGUUGCCGUCAAGGCCGUCGCCCCAGUUGCCGCUCCCAUCGCACAUGUCGCACACGCUGCACCCCUCGCCUACGCUGCCCCAGUCGCCAAGAUCGCCGCUCCCAUCGCCAAGCUGGCCACCCCAGUAGCUGCUGCACCCCUCGCCUACGCCGCUCCCGUCGCUAAGCUGGCCGCCCCGAUCGCUGCUCCCCUCACCUAUACCGCCCCCGUAGCUAAAAUCGCUGCUCCUGCCGUAGCUCACUUCGCGCACGCUGCACCCCUUACCUAUACCGCCCACGCCUCCCCUCUUGCGUAUGCCGCGCACACCUCUCCUCUUGCGUAUGCCGCGCACGCCUCUCCUCUUGCGUAUGCCGCGCACGCCUCUCCUCUUGCGUAUGCCGCGCACGCCUCUCCUCUUGCGUAUGCCGCGCACGCCGCCCCUCUAGCAGCUCCUCUUGCAGCCCCUCUUGCUAAAUUUGCUGCUGCACCUGCCAUCUCCUAUGCCGCCCCGGCUGCACCUGCCAUCUCUUAUGCCGCCCCGGCUGCAUCUGCCAUCUCUUAUGCCGCCCCAGCUGCUUACAUCCACUAAUCGUGUUGAUCACGCCAAUCUACAUUGUCGACUCAGGCCGAACUUAUUUAUUUUUAUAUCAUGUACAUGUUCUUUUUAUGUGACUGAUUAAAGAAAUUACAUA